AUGAUCAGGGCACUGGAGGCUCACAAGAGUGUGUCUGUUCUUCGGCGUGAUCGGUACGGCAGGCCAUGGAACGGCACCGAAAUGCAGGCUUUGAGCAAGCUCAUCGAGGACGGAAACAGAUCGUCCAUACUACACUUCGGCCUGUCAUUGGCGCGAGGGCAAAGGACCUCGCGCAAACGAUUGAUGUCCGAUCCCACAGCGGUUUUUGAUUCGGGCAAGACGUGGGCUCUCCUUCAAGUACGACAGGCGAAAUUCUUGGUGAUGUUGCGAGACCCGGUGUCCUGGCUGGUGUCACAAACCUGCAAAGUUCCGUGCGGAGAAGACCAUCACCAUUGGAACCUUUGCCAUCGAUUGCCAUACUGGGCCAGUGGACCGGCACCGGAACAAGUUCCGGUCGGAUGCGGACAGUGCGGCAACCCUUCAGCUUUACUGGCUUGCCAGAGGUGCAAAACCACAUUGUUUUGCGAUUCAGUUUGCCAGAAGCGUGCAUGGCCAGUGCACAAGCUAAACUGCGAGACUCUGGAGGAUCGUUUUGCCAAGUACGACAAAGAGCAGGAGCAGCUUGAACAAGAGGAGAUCGACAGAACAUGCCAGCACCAGCGAGAAGUCGAAGAAGCUGCGGCGAAGGAGAAAGAAAUGGCAGCAACGCUGGAGGCCUUCUUCAGCCGUGGCAGCUCCAAGAAAAAGGCAGAAUCAACGCGACCAGACUGGCUUCCUCGAAAGGAGGAGGUCCCUGAGCCUGAAGGCGAGCUCCAACAGGAGGCCGCGUCCGCACAGCAGAGUGGCAAAGUCACAGAAGGCGUUUGCAGAGAAAUUUGUGUGACUGACACGGAACUGCUGCGCAGUCAGUCCAUCAGCGACACCGUCAAGAGACAAUUUGACACAGGUGAAGCUACAGAAGUGGAGGUUACGAAAGAUGGACUUGUGCAUAGAACGAUUAUUCGGGGUGGCAGUGAUUCUCGAGAAAAAGCAGAAGUGAAGCAGGCCCGAGCCGUUGAUGCGACGGCAGCCACCUACUCGAGCUCUGCCGUUGGGGCCAAGUCCUUGCAGGCGCAUGCUCGCCGAGCGCCGGCGAGUGAGGAGACGGAGGAAGAGGAAGAGGAGGAGCUUGAGACCACACUUCAAUCGUCCGCGAUGGCAUCCACCACGACUACUAGCACAGCUUCGAGUCCUUUGCCAACCCCUUCGCCCGUCGGCGAAGUCGACGCUGGAGCAGAUGUCGAUUGUCAGUGGGAGACGUGGGCAGAGUGGAGCGCCUGCCAGUUCACUUGCGGUGGAGGAGAAUCCAUUCGGACUCGGAAAGUUCGCCAAAUGGCACAAGGUAAGGGGGCUGCGUGCGACAACAACGACAAGGAAAGUCGCGACUGUAACACGAACCCCUGCCCGAUUGAUUGUGCCUGGGAUGAGUGGGCUCCCUGGGGAAGCUGUUCGGCAACUUGUGGACUUGGAACCAAGGUGAAGACUCGCGACGCGAGCCAACUCCCAGAGUAUGGAGGAAAACCCUGCGUUGGAAAUACCACCGCGUCGGCCGAGUGCCAGGUGAAAAUCUGCCCGGUGGAUUGCAAGUGGAGCGAUUGGGGAGACUGGGAAGGCUGCUCCAAGUCUUGUGGCGUCGGCGAGAGAUCCAGGUAUCGGAGCUAUGCGCAGAUCCAGAAUGCACAUGGCAAGGAGUGUCCCGGCCAGAACCUCCAGACAGAGACGUGCGGCAUGAACACCUGCCCCGUGGAUUGCGCAAUGGAGGAUUGGCAGGCAUGGGAGCCUUGCGACGUCACCUGCGGAGAAGGCACGACGCGGCGGGAACGCAAGGUAUUGACACUGCCAGUUUUUGGUGGCGAGCGUUGCGGAGCUGUCUCGGAGAACAAAACCUGUGACAAUGGACUGUGCCCGGUUCACUGUCUGCUCAGCGAUUGGACCCAAUGGGCAGACUGUAGCAUAAGUUGCACAACCAGCGGGCAGCCAGGAUCUACGAAGCGGUUCCGGACUGUGGUUCAGCACAAGAACAAGCUCGGAGAUGACUGUGCCGGAGAGCUUGAGCAAACCACUGCUUGUAGCCCUGUUCAGUGCCCCGUAGAUUGCAAGAUGACAGAUUGGACAACAUGGUCUGAUUGCAGUAGCACUUGCGGGCCUGGAGUCGUGGAGCGGCAGCGCGACAUAGCAUCUUCGGCUCAGUAUGGAGGGAAAGAGUGCGUCGAAGCUGCCAAUGAAACAUAUCAGAAACGCUACUGUUCCAGAGAUACAUGCCCAGUGGAUUGUCAGUGGAGCGAUUGGCAGGACUGGCGCGCUUGCUCGGUGACUUGUGGGUCCGGAUCCAGCUAUCGCAUGCGCCUGGUGCAGACGCCAAUGCUUCAUGGCGGCAAGGAUUGUGACGGUGGCUACCAGCAGACUCGGCAGUGCAAUCCUGCAGCGUGCCCGGUCCACUGCGAAUGGGGAGAUUGGACCAAAUGGGGAAACUGCAGCAGCACAUGUGGUGAGGGCACAGAGACGCGGAGUAGAGACGUGAAGGUUCGUGCUGACUUCGGAGGAGAGCCUUGCUCAGGCAAUGCAUCUGCAACGAGGAGCUGUGACAACGAAGCCUGCCCUGUCAACUGCCAGUGGGCGGACUGGGGGGCCUGGCAAAGCUGCUCUACAUCCUGCGGUACAGGGCUCCAGACCCGCGAGCGCCAGAAGGCGAUUCCGGCGGAACAUGGCGGCGCAGACUGCGAGGGUUUCGCCAAAGAUUCGGUCGCUUGCUCCUCCCUUCCGGCGUGCCCGGUGGAUUGUGAAUGGGAUGAUUGGUCCCAGUGGGAAGGAUGCUCCGUGACCUGUGGCUCUGGCUUCGUGCGGAGGAGCAGGACUAGGAAGCUUUAUGAAAAGAAUGGUGGUCAUGUCUGCUAUGGGACCGAGGAUGAUGAGAAGGUGUGUGCACUGGAUCCAUGUCCUGUUGACUGUGUCUUGGGAGACUGGGCUCGCUGGUCGGACUGCUCUGUCACAUGUGGGCCCACUGGUCAACAGACGCGAUCUCGCGGUGUGGUCGUUCAUGGAUCGUUGGGAGGCAAAGCUUGCAACCCAGAUGAUCUGCUCGAAACCAUCGGCUGCGAAGAUGCCCCAUGCCCUAUUCACUGCGAGUGGGCGACAUGGGGUGAAUGGAGCAAAUGCACCAAGGAAUGCAAUGGUGGUACGACUUUUCGGCACAGGUCCGAAAACGUCUCAGCGGAACAUGGAGGUCGUCAGUGUGAAGGUUCUGCUGACGAGGAGAUGGUGUGCAAUGCACACGGCUGCCCCGUCGACUGCAAGUUCGAGGAGUGGACAGACUGGAGCGACUGUUCCAAGAGCUGCAGCACAGGGAACAGGACAGCCUCCCGAACGCUCAUUACACCACCUCAGUGGGGUGGUCAACCUUGUGACGGUGGUAUCUUCAAGACAGAGUACUGCAACGAGCAACCUUGCCCAGUGGAUUGUAGUUGGGGCGAGUGGUCAAAUUAUGCCCUUUGCUCGAAGACCUGCGGCGGCGGUCAAAUGGAAAGGACUCGCGAAUCCAAUCCCGAGCUGUACGGCGGUAAGCCUUGCAGCGGCCUUGCAAAGGAGUCCACUCCAUGUAACACCCAAGGAUGUCCGCAGGACUGCGAGUGGGGCCAGUGGACAACGUGGACGCCCUGCUCGAAGGAGUGUGGUGGCGGCUCCAUCAAGCGCUUCCGAGACGUCGUUGUGAAACGGGCUUUUGGUGGAGAUCCUUGUGUUGGAGCUUCAGAGGAGGAAGCGGGUUGCAAUUUCGAUGUUUGUGCGGUUCACUGCGAGUGGAACGACUGGGAAGCUUGGAGUCCCUGCCCAGCCACCUGCAACGGUGGAGUGCGCAGCAAGAGCCGAACACGGAAGCAGGAAGCCUCCGCUGGAGGAAAGCCAUGUGCUGGAAACCGCACGGAGACCGAGAGAUGCAAUGCGCAACCAUGUCCUGUGGACUGCAGCUUCGAGCUGUGGCAAGAGUGGGGCGAUUGCUCUGCCUCUUGUGGCGUGGGCUCCCGGUUCCGUACCCGGGUGAAGAAGGCAGAGCUCUACGGCGGAGCGCCGUGCCAGGACGUGAUGUGGGAGGUGGGUGAGUGCAGCAACCCAGAAGAUGACAUCAAUUGUCCGCAUUCAACCUCAAGCACGACGACAACGUUGACGCUUCUUCAGCUCGAGAAGGGACAGCUGGGCUGGAGCCACUUGCACAAUGUUUGGGAGCCCCAUGCGGAGCGUGGCCCUUUGGAGGUCCCGGGCCAGGAGGAGCUCUCGAAGAACUUCUCGAUCAGCAAAGACCCGAGCUACAAGGGUGAACCCUACAAGCCUACGAUACCUUGUCCCAAAGACAAGCUGAACCAGUCGCUGGAAAUCUACGAGAAGCUCAAGUUGCAGCAGCCAGAUCUUGCCAAGCUGUCCAACGCAACGCAGGCCGAAGCCAUGAAGGUAAUCGACAAGAUGAUCCAGAAUAUCACGGGAGAGGUGCCACAGGUGAAUUAUACCUACAACGAAGUGGUGUUGAAUCGCACAACAGCGCCACCCACGAUGCCACCUCCGUCUCCGACCGCAGUGGAGCGAACCGCUGACAUGGACGUGUCCAGCGGCAACAUCAAGCAGGUGUUGGACAUUUUGGAAGCUCUCCCCAGCAAAACUUCGGACGUCGAGAAAUUCUUGAAGCAGGUGGAGCAGAAUCUGUCUUCAAGCAGUGGAUCCCGGCCUUUCCAGGCUUCAGGCAACUUCUCGGAAUAUUUGUCCAAAGAAGCAGCCGAAGCACCAGAUACGCCAGCUUCGAGAAACUUUACCGACGCUUUCGAGACCGCCGACAGCAAGCAGGACGGAAGGACCGUCUUGGCUGAAAUUGCCGGAGAUCUGGGUCUGGACGUGAUCGAGGCGGACGAUUUCGUCGGGAAUCCCUCCGUCUCGGUAGCCCUGGCGAAGGCCUUGGCGAACUUGGCGGGUGCAGCGAGCGAGGACGUGAAAGUGGACGUCACCAUCCCACAGGCCAUGCUGCUGUCAGAAGUGCAGAAGAGAAUAAAGGGAAAUGUGAACGUGGCAUACAUGAUUGAGGUGUACAAACAGGACGUAAACAAAGGAAAUGCCUCCCAAGUCGCGUCGAGAAUUUCAACCUCGGACAUAAACACCGUGACUUCAGAGAUCAGACGGCAGGUGUCUUCCUCCGGUCAGAACUUCGCGCUCAGGGCGGUUAGCCUUAGUGUGACCAUCCUGCCAGUCAGCUCUGAUGGCAACAUCGAGGUAUCAUCUGGCUCUGGCGAAGGGGAAAGUGAGAACAACUCGCUGGUGGAGGAUGCAGUGCCCACUGCAAUGCUGGAUGGGAAGGCCAAGGCCCCAACAAGUGCAGAAGCCAUGGUCGAGACAGCGCAGCAGAGAGUAGCCGAGAUUGCCAAGGUUGCGAGUGCUAAGUUCCAUCCGCAGACUGUGCUGGGGACCGACAAGGAUGAUCUUCCCAAAGAUCCACAGGACGAGAAAAGGGAAACCAUAAGAUCUGAGCCAGGUCUCAAGUCAGAAACUGCGAGACAUUGUCUGGCUUUCACGGCUGCUUUACCAUUGGUGCCUUCGCUGCGUCGCCCAAGGCCGUGCGACUUCGUCUCUCUGCCGAUCCGAGGGGGUGGGCAUGUGGACAUGCCUCGGGUGAUGCUCGGUACCGGCGGUUACGAGGGCUUGUCUGGGAGAGUCGGCAGAGCAGCCAUUCUUUCAGCCCUCAAGAUGGGUUACCGCGGGAUCGAUACUUCUGAAAUGAACAGGAACUUGACCGACAUCCGAUGGGCAUGCAAGCGGUCGGGCCUGGCUCGAGAGGACUACUUCCUCGUGGUGAAGAUCCCUCCUUGGAGCCAUGGCCACGAUGGUGUCCUCCAAUCGUUUCGGAGGCAAACUAGCCAGCUGGCUGUGGAUUACGUUGAUUUAUUGCUGAUUCAAUGGCCGCAUGUGUGGUCUUUGGAGCAGCGAGACUGGGGUCCUGCACAGUGGAGCAGGGCCGGUCAAACGAAAGCUUCGCUGCGCGGGGAAACCUGGAGAGCUAUGGAAGAGCUUUUCAACUCUGGCCGGGCUCGUGCGAUCGGGGUCAGCAACCACACGAUCGAGGACAUGGAGGCAAUUCUACAAGGCUGCGUUGUCGCUCCGAUGGUCAUGCAGGGAGAGUCGCACCCGCACUGGCCGAACAGGUCGGUGCGCGACUGGUGCAGGAAGCAAUCCAUUGCUUUCCAGGGUUAUGCGCCCUUUGGUGGCCAAGAGACAGAACGUAAUUCCGGGCACCGACCCGUUGAUGACCCCACAGUUCUCUCAGUGGCAGAGAAACACGAGCUGACUCCAUUCCAGGUUUGCAUGCAGUGGAACCAGGCCCGCAACUCCAGCACCGUGGUGAAGUCCAAGGACUCCAGGCACUUGCGCGAGAAUCUGGCUACUUGCGCGGAGAUGCGCUGUACUGCCACAGAUCUGGGAAGAAUUGAUGAGCGGGCCAAGGAGUUCUUGAAGUAUGGCCCUUGCUACUGGGGCCACAACGACAUGGACUAUCUUCAUCCUUGGAAGGACGAGGAGAAGAUGUGGGAUGCAUUGCUUCCCGGCGGCCAAGAAGUGUGUGGGCGAAUCUGA